CUAUUUUGAUUUAUUUGAUAAUCACAAGUUAUGUUCCAUUUUUCUUUCAAGUGAAAAGGAGAGAGCACUUCUGCUAUUAUUGUAAUGACUGGAGAAGCAGAGAAAAACUUUUCUCCCUAUAUGGUCAUAUCUAUGACUUGGGCCUAACUAUCUUUAACAACCUUAUCUCCUAGACUAACAUAAGGUUCUCAAGGGUUCUGAUAACGUGGUACUGCUAUAUGUGUAUCACUAACAGCCCUCCCCAAGUUUAGAGAGCACUCAGCUAUGGAUGAGGCCCUUUAGUCAAUCCUGGACAUACAGAUUUGAAACUUUUGUUUUUGUCAUACAGGUCCAACCUGGACACACGAUCCUCGUACAUGCAGCAGCUGGUGGAGUCGGAUCCCUUUUAUACCAGUGGGCUAAUGCCCUUGGUGCCACUGUCAUCGGAACUGUGCCAACUCAAGAGAAGGCAUCUCAAGCCAAGGAAGAUGGCUGUCACCAUGUCAUAAUCUAUAAGGUUGAGGACUUUGUUGCUCGUGUGAUUGAAAUAACAUCUGGCAAUGGGGUUGAAGUUGUCUAUGAUUCUGUAGGGAAGGAUACGUUUGAGGGAUCACUGAGAUGCUUGAAGUUUCGUGGAUACAUGGUGAGUUUUGGGCAGUCAUCAGGUGCACCAGAUCCGGUUCCUCUAUCAGCUCUUUCAGUGAAGUCACUGUUCUUGACCAGGCCUACCCUCUUCCAUUACACAGCUACUCGAGAUGAAUUAUUAGAGAAUGCAAGAGAGGUAUUUGCUAAUGUUGAUAAAGGUACAUUGCGGGUUCGAGUAAAUCACACCUACCCAUUGUUGGUUGCUUGGAUUAUGUCAAGGUUGUCCAGAAUGCUUGAAAUUUUGGUUGCUGUUGUUUUACAUGUCUUUUGUUGA